UAAUGCAACUUCUGUCCGUCCUUGAAUCCAACCGGUGCGUCACGUGACCAGCAAUGGAAACCUAUCGUGUCGUCAGAAGGGAAAGCGAAACUUAACUCGUGUGCGAUGGCCUCUUGUUUUCUUUUACUUAGCACGGUUCAUGCUUUGCCCCCGGUCCCCCCCCCCCAGCUUUUCUGGUGCAAUAGAGCGCAACGUGUUGUCCGCACAGCUUAUAAGCGCGCGCCGUCACCUGCGUUGACUUGGACGCGACACGACGGACCUGCUCGCCCCCCCCCCCGCGGACCCUUUGUCCUUCUGUCUUCUGGUUCCCUGCUUUCUUUAUGCGUCUCGGUUUAAAUCAUAUGAACUUUGGGAAGAGAAGCUACUGCUGCUUUUUUGUUUUUUUCGCCGUUGCCUCUUUAAUUUGCGAUACUCGAGUCGGCCCGCCCUCCCGUUCCAUCAGGCUCUGCUGUUUGCGCUGGAGGACCUGAUCUUCUCAAGGAAGCUACUCCUCAAGCUGCACGGCCCCUCUUCACGCUCAACCCCUGCGCUAUGAGCAGAGGUAGAGGAGGGCCUCUCAAAGAACGCUACCACAGGCAACCGCCCCCGGACUACCAGGCCAACGAGAAUUACAACAGACCGGGCCCACCCCCGUUUUACCCAAGAGGUGGCCCACAGCAGAGCCCCUAUUCAAGUUACCACAACAGCCCUGCCCGUCCCGUAGCGCCCAUACCGCCGCCCCCGGCUCCUUCUCUCGCCCCCUCCGCUCCUCACGCACCAUGGCACAGUAAAGCGGCCCCUAAACCGGAGGCUCCCAGCGGCUGGUAUAAUCACAAUCGCGGCCCCCCCAGUUCCUUUCAGCUCCAACAGGCAGAGUUCCUCAGAGGACGCAGCUCUGAGGCGCCCCAGUUCAGAGCCGGCCCACGCGGCGGGGCAGCGGCACCAGACCGGCGUCUUGGUUCCUCGCACCAGCCUCAGUCGGGCAGCGGUAGAUUUUCAUCGUACCCCAACAACAGCUCAAGGGGUCGAUGGGGGUAUGAUCAGGACCGACCGCUUGUGUAUCCAGUGGACCCACGCAGCAGCACAGGUCCUCGACACCUAAAUCAAAACCAGUUUCAUGGUACAAACCACGAGCCGUACUCCAACAGGCCGCGUCACGACUCGGCCGAUUCCGUGUGUGAAAACUUACAAACUUUGUCCCUCCACAAAGUCCGGCCCGGCAGAGGAGGGGAACGGUUCGACAGACAUUCCGCCCCGAGCGGCUCGGCGAAUUCCCACAUCACCCUCACCCCUGACAUCCAGGACCAGGUUCACAGGGCUUUGGCUGCGUUGAAGCCAAAUGAGAGUAUCUGUGCAAGAUUUCUAGCCAAAAAACUGCAUCUUCCCAAGAAGGUCGUCAACAGGGCUCUGUACUUGUUGGAGCGCUCGCAGAAAGCCUCGAAGCAAGGACUCGUCCCUCCCGAGUGGAGUCUUUGCAGAGAACCUUUCAGAGGCGAGGAGGAUCAAAACUCUAGAGUGCAAGGUCCACCUUCCCGUCUGUGCGUCGGCUCAGGACGGCCCGCAGCACCCGGCGCCAAGGUUGAGCUAAAAACAGAAAGGGCAGAAAAUAGGGGACAAAGAAAAGAAGAGGACUCUGACACCGAAUCCAGUUGUUCUUCCUCCUCCUCCUCGUCAGAGUCGUCCGACUCCGUAGAGUUCCAGCCUCCAGCAAAAGUUCAGCACCAGGAGCAACAGCAGCCUGUCUCUGCCAGCUCGCCCGAUCCGGCGCUUCCCACAAUGGCGGAACAGAAGGAGCUGGUUCUGCAGUACCUGCGGACGUCAAAGGGGGCAACCGCUCUGCUCAUGGCCAAAAAUCUGGGUCUCAGGAGCGCCAAGCACAUCAAUCCCACCCUCUACUCGCUGGAGAAGCAAGGUGAGAUUGUUAAGAAUAGUGCCGCCAACCCGCCCACCUGGGAGCUCUCCGCCCACCGCAGAGAGAGGAUGGAAAGGAGCCUCAAAGCCUCAAAGGGCGCCCGCGGCGAGGGGGACCCGAUGUUGGAGGAACCCGGUAGAGAUCGGAAAAGAGGAGAGUCUCUCUUUCUGUCGUCGUCACCAAUGCCACCAACACCAGGCCUCGAGCCGCUGCCGCUGCCAGAGGGUUUGAUGCCCGAGCAAAGUCACAGCGAGGUGCCCCCCACCUUUACCGCAUGUAAAGAGGAAGAGACCAACGAAGGACAGUGGGCUACGGAUGACAUCCCGGAAUUCCUCAACGCCAUUCGCAGAGAGACGGACGCCGGGAAGCUGGCGGCAGAGAAGGCCAACUCUGUGGGGACUGUAGCCGUGUCGCUGGCCGCUCCGCCUCCCCAGAACCUGUGGGCCAAGUUGCAGGAGGUGAGGUUGAAGAACCCCGUCAGUGGCCUCAUGGAGUACGCUCAGUAUCUGGGCCAGAACUGUGAGUUCCUGCUCCUGGACCAGUCCGGACCCUCUCACGACCCCCGAUUUCGCAUGCAGGUGAUGCUCAACGGUAGGUUGUUUCCUGUCGCAGAAGCCUCCAGCAAGAAGGUUGCAAAAAAGGACGCCGCUGCUGCCACGCUGCGUAUUCUCGUCGCGGAGAUUCAGGCGGGGCCGAGUACGGGAGACGAGGGAAAUGCUGUCGGCGCGGACCAAGUGAUGGAUGUACUGCCAGACACUAGUGGGCAGGCUGAAGGCGCGGGGGGAGGUUUUGGGACGAGUAGUGUGGAAGGAAUGGGUACAGCGGAAGGACCUCGCCAGCCGCUGUCCCGCUCGCUGCCUGGUGGGAAGAAUCCAGUGUCCGUCCUGAUGGAGUACAGCCAGCGCAGCGGGAACCCCAUCGAAUUCAUCAUGACUGGCCAGGCAGGCCCCCCACAUGACCCCCGGUUCAUGUUCAGGGUGAAGGUUGGAGAGAGCUUGUUUGGAGAGGCCUCUGCUCCGAGCAAAAAGGCAGCCCGCCAGCUGGCGGCAGAAGAGGCCGUCAAAGAACUAAUGGCUGACGGGAGACUGCAGCUCAACAAGCCUCAGUUGCCCCUGGGCUCUUCCAGCGAUAGUGACGGCAAUGGUUCUGGGACUACGUGUCCCUAUUUGCCGCCUCUGACUGCGGACGAGUUGCGAGCAGCACACGAGGCCGGGGUUGGAGAUCUCAUCAACCACUUGAACAACAAUGCCGUGUCGGGUCUCCUGGAGUACGCUAGAGCCCGGGGCUUUGCCGCUGAGAUCCGGCUAGUGGGCCAGUCUGGACCACCACAUGAGCCCAAAUUCACCUACCAGGCCAAGCUCGGCGGGCGCUGGUUCCCUCCGGUGUGCGCGUCCAACAAGAAGCAGGGAAAACAGGAAGCAGCAGACGCCGCUCUGCGGGUUCUGAUCGGAGAGGCCGAGCGAGCGGCCCGCACCGGGGAGCUCAUUCCAGCUGAGCUUCCAGUGAGCGGCAGCACCUUGCAUGACCAGAUAGCCAUGUUGAGUCACCAGCGCUUCAACGCCCUGACCACACGUAUCCAGCACAGCCUUCUGGGACGCAAGAUUCUGGCCACCAUCGUCAUGAGGAGGGGGGAGGGCCUGGGGACCGUCGUCAGCCUGGGAACUGGAAAUCGCUGCGUAAAAGGGGAGGAGCUGAGCCUUAAAGGCGACACCGUUAACGAUUGCCACGCUGAGAUCAUCUCCAGAAGGGGAUUUGUUCGGUUUCUGUAUAUUGAGCUGCUCAAGCACUACGAUGGAACAGACGACAGUAUAUUUGAGGUGGCGGAGAAUGACUUACUCCGGGUCAAAUCUGACAUCACCUUUCACCUCUACAUCAGCACGGCGCCUUGCGGGGAUGGUGCUUUGUUCGACAAGUCCUGCAGCGAGUCGGGGGAUGAAGUCGAGGGCCAUCAGCCUCUGUUUGAGAACGCCAAGCAGGGAAAGCUGCGCACCAAAGUGGAGAACGGCGAGGGCACCAUCCCAGUAGAGUCGAGCGCCAUUGUGCCCACCUGGGACGGCAUCCAGCACGGGGAGAGGCUGCGAACCAUGAGCUGCAGUGAUAAGAUCCUGCGCUGGAACGUGUUGGGUCUGCAGGGAGCGCUGCUCAGCCACUUCCUGAACCCAAUCUACCUGAAGUCCAUCACGCUUGGCUAUCUGUACAGCCACGGUCACCUGACGCGUGCUGUGUGCUGUCGGCUGGCCAGAGACGGCGAGGCCUUCACCCAAAGUCUCCCGCCUCCCUUCAUGCUAAAUCACCCAGAGGUGGGCAGGGUGAGUGUGUACGACUCCACGCGGCACACAGGAAAGACCAAGGAGUCCAGUGUGAACUGGAGCUUUCCCGACCAGCACAGCGUGGAGGUGCUGGACGGUACCAAGGGCAAACUGGACGGGAACAAACUCAGUGUCUCCAGAGUGUCCAAGUCCAACCUCUUCUGCCUGUUCCGCUCCGUGUGCCAGCGCAGUGGCCGCGCCGACCUCCUCACGCUGCCCUCCUACUCCCAGGCCAAGUUGUCGGCCACGUCCUUCCAGCAGGCCAAGCACAAUUUCUUUCGAGCACUCAGCGGCCACGGCUACGGCGCCUGGAUCGGCAAGCCGCUCGAGGAGAAGAGCUUCGAGUCGGGGGAGGGAAACCGGAACAAUGGAGCGAGUCUGCCCGUGGGGUACGGCAGCAGUAGAAAUGGAGGAGCAGUGGAGUUCAAGCAGGAGGACGCGUAGGCCGCUGCAGAGUGCGUUACUGAGAGGGGGGAUAUGAACAUGUGGGGGAGAGAAAAUAAAAGCACAAAGGCAGAUUGGAAGCGUGGACGUAAUGGGGCGGGGGGGGGGAAGACAAUCAAACAUCACUGAGAAGGGAUGAACACGGUUAAAAGCUUAAGAGAGAGAGCGGUGGAAGGAGACAGGACGUAGGAGACAGGUGGAGGUGUGGGGAGACCGAACCAGUGUUCGGAGAAGAAGGCUGAUUAAUCACCAUCCUAAACAUUGCUAUAAAUCUGAUUUCUAUCAGUUUGCUUCUUAUUACUUCUGUUUUUCUGUAUUCAGUUUACAACCGUGUUGGUUUUGAUUUGUAAUGUCAGUUUUUCUUUUGUCAUCGCAGUGUUCAGAACAUCCUGCCUUCAUCCUUCUCUCUGUUGUCAUCUCGAUAUGACCUAUUUUUGCAUCGUAUGAGAUGUGUGGCUUUGACCCAGGUGGCUUGGCCUCUUCCCAUGAGAACUUAAGUGGCUGACAAGUGCCGCUAUUUGACAUUCAACCUGAUAUUUCCCACCAUUGUAGCAGUGUUGUAAGUGUGAUUACGCUCCUCACAAGUUUGAAUCCUCGGUCGUGUUGUGCUUCUUAUCGUUAACUGUUCAGUGGCGAACCAAACACCCUCGAUCCAACAUUUUGCUCCCGAAGCCUUUGACCAGGCCCUUUUUUUCUUUCUGAGUCGAAUUCAAAUUUACUGUACACCCUCUGCUGUUAAUCUAAUCAUGUGUCGUUGCCAUGGUUACCAAUAGCAUUCCAGCAAAUGCCAGAGCGUCCGGUAGAUCAUUUUAAUAUGGUAUUCCUGAUGUCAGGACCUCCAAGAAUUACAGCUUUUCUGUUUAUGGCUUUUGUAUUUUAUCUUCACUUCCAGUGAAACGGUUCAUAAAUAUCUGGCCAUGCAAGCAAAACCUAGAGUAUCGCAUUACUUUUUUUUUUUUUCUUUCUUUAUACAAACGGCUUUUAGGUUCUCUUGCUUGGCCAGUUUCUGCUAACUACUAUACAAAGACUGUUUUGUUGUCUGUGUUCUUAAUUUGCUUGUAUGUAGAUGGAUGGUGCAAUAUAUACAUCAGGUAUACAAAUACAUGAUCACGCAGAUGUUACGGUGGGGUCCAAAAGCCUGAGUCCAGUUCCAGAAUCUUAUAACGAACAGAAGUUAAACACAUUUCUCAAAAUAUUGCAUGUUGUUUUCAUGAAGUGAAAGAAAUUUAUACUCAUCCAGUUUUACAUCAUUUUUCUGUUCUGUUUGAGGCCAUGUCAGUCAUCGCUGGUGCUUCGACCAUUGGUUUUUAGCUUUUAACUGUGAACAAUAUUUUGAUGGAAACGGAAGGGUUUUUUAAGCUAGAUGUAGUUAAGCCUCUUAACUACUUAGUUCUGGAGAGUGGGACCUCUCCUCCUGCUGCGGUUGGGUUUAAUUGAGGACUUUAAGUGUUUUCAGCUGUGAUUCCAGCUCUCGUUUAGGCCUUAAUAGCGACAUUAGAAUCUGACUUCU